AUGAAAGGAGUGAAACGGUUUUGGAAGGCAGGAAAACUACAACUGAAAAAUGUUGGGCCGUUUAAAUUUAUAGGGAAGAUUGGGGAGCUUGUUACGACUCAUAUUGAAUUUUGGGAGAAUCUCAGCUACGUAGUGAAGCCGGAGAAAAUCGUUGACCGGAAGAACAAGGUUCUUAGGAACAAGGUGAUACCGUUAGUUAAAGUGUGGUGGACUAAUCAAUGUGGGGGAGAAGCGACAUGGAAAACGGAGGAAGACAUGCAAAAGCGGUAUCCGUUUCUCUUUUCGGAUCAAGGGUUUUACUUCAGAAAUUCGUCCAGGUUGUGGGUAGGCAAUUUAGAGCUUCAACAGAAUAGAAUCUGCCAUGUUCUUGAGGGGUUUUUCUCACCAACUUCCUGA